AUGAUCCUCAGAUCCUUUCCAACUGCUACUACUACUACUACUACUGCUGCUGCUGCUAGACUACUCAAUCACUUUAAGCAAUUACGGAAAAUGCAUAUUGAAUCAAUUCCUAUGAGAUGGGGCCACGGAGAUAAUUAUGCCUACUUGUUGAUUGACGAUAAAUCGAAAAAUGCCUGGUUAAUAGAUUCAGCAGUUCCUGAAGAAGUCACAUCUUAUAUCAAUUCGAAAAGGCUACAAUAUGAGUUGAAGGCUAUUGUUAAUACUCAUCACCAUUAUGAUCAUUCUGAUGGUAACCCAUUUUUCCAUAAAAAGUAUCCUGAUUUGCCAAUUAUUGCUGGCAAAGAUUCGCCAUUGGUGACAUACACACCAUCACAUGAAGAAGUGAUAGACUUGGGAGAUAAUUUGUCAAUCACUGCCUUACAUACUCCUUGCCAUACUCAGGACUCGAUAUGUUAUUAUGUCAAAGAUGCCAAGACUGGAGAAAAGGCAGUUUUCACAGGAGAUACGUUAUUCAUUAGUGGAUGUGGUCGUUUCUUUGAAGGCACCGGUGCUGAAAUGAAUGUUGCUUUGAAUAAAAUAUUGGCCAAUUUACCUAAAGAUACUAAAGUCUACCCAGGUCACGAAUAUACUAAAUCAAAUGUCAAAUUCUCAAGCAAGAUCUUGCAAAAUGAGGCCAUUGAUAGGUUGAAACUGUUUUGUGGCGAGAAUGAAUACACUACUGGAAAGUCAACCAUUGGUGAUGAAUUACAGUAUAAUCCGUUUAUGCGAUUGCAGGAUCCUCAAGUGCAAGAAAAGACUGGCUUGAGUGAUCCGGAUGAGGUGAUGGACAAGCUACGUGAAUUGAAGAAUAACUCUUAG